AAUCAUUCAACUGAGGAGGCAGGACCAGGAGAAUCAAGAAUGAUCAAUCGAAAAAGAACCAGAAAAGAAGAAGCAAGAAUUUACACCAAAGGUUCAUCCAGAGAGCCAGCGCGAGAGAUAAAGUAUUAAGCAACACUUUUAUCUUGCUUCAUCAAUUCUUAAAAGCCAGGAGGUUGUGUAGCAAGAGCAUGAAGAUGUGGCCUCUAUAUCUUCUUUUCAACAAGUUUUUGAAAGCAGAAGAAGAAAAUAAUCAGGGACCACCUGGGACUUAUUUGAACUUGGUCGAGUCUUACCCUUUUAAGCUGCUUUUGAGCAAGGAGAGGUCCAAAAAUGACACCUUAUGCCAUUCAGGCUCUGUUGAAGUACCACACAUAAACCAGCAGUACACAUGGGAUUGUGGACUUGCUUGUGUUUUGAUGGUUCUGAGAACUCUAGGCAUCAACAGUGGUGAUAUUCAGGAACUGGAAGGCCUCUGUUGUACGACAAGUAUUUGGACAGUUGACUUGGCAUAUCUAUUGCAAAAGUUUUCAGUUAAAUUUUCCUACUUCACAGUAACGUUUGGAGCCAACCCAAAUUUUCUUGGGGAGACUUUCUACAAGGACCAACUUCCAAGUGAUCUGCUGCGAGUUGAUAUGCUAUUUAAGAAAGCACGUGAUGCUGGAAUAAAUAUAGAGUGCAGAUCUAUUAAUGGAGAAGAAAUUGCGUCGAUGGUAUUGUCUGGAAAUUAUAUCGUAAUUGCUUUAAUUGAUCAGUAUAUAUUAAGUCGAUCUUGGAUAAAGGAUGUUUGCAUAUCGGGCAUCUAUGAUGAUUGCCCAGGUUAUACUGGUCACUAUGUCAUAAUUUGCGGUUAUGAUGCUGCUACGGAUGAGUUUGAAAUUCGGGAUCCUGCUAGCUCAAGCAAACAUGAGAGGAUGACGUCAAGACGUCUAGAAGAGGCCCGCAAAGCCUUUGGCACUGAUGAAGAUCUUCUUUUGAUCUCCUUGGAGAAAGAACAGAAGGGCAGUAAUCCUUUUGGGUCACUAUUUCCUCAUAAUUGUUGAAUGCUGAUAUUUCUGGGAUCUGGCAAGCCAUCGGUUGCAUGUGUAGCAUAUGGCAAAGCUAAUUAUGUAUAGUUGUAGAUUGAGCAGAUGGGCAUUAAUUGAUAUGGUCAUUGUAUUACCCCUCGUGUAAUUGGUUCUCAUUGAUAAAAUGAACGGAGUAUAAAAAUUCUUCUAAUACACUGACAGUAUUAUAUACUGUUACACUUGAAU